UGACUCGUCAUAUGACAUUUAUAUACAUAUUCCACUUAGGUUUCACAAAGGCCGUGGAAUAGAACGACAAGUCAUGGCAUUACAACCCGGGAAUGUGAUUUGGGUGACCGUAGGUGUGGUUAUAGGAGCAGCAGCAGCACACCCGGAAGUCCCCGGUUGUCACUGACUGUGCUGUACAGAGUACUGGCGGCGAUGGCUGCUCCAGAGGAAAAAGCUAGGCGUCUCUUCGCGGAGACUUUCGGAGGUGCUGCCCCUGACAUCGCGGUGUUUGCCCCCGGCAGGGUGAAUCUGAUCGGGGAGCACACAGACUAUAACGGCGGCUUCGUGCUACCUAUGGCCCUUCCUCUCAUCACUGUUGUAGUGGGCACCCAGCGGGAUGAUGGGAAAAUAUGCAUUGUGACCACAGCUGAGGGAGCAGACCAGCCUCACAGAGUUGAGUUUGAGGCUCCGAAUGCGGACAGACCCUUAACCCCUGGGACUCCUAAGUGGGCUAACUAUGUGAAGGGUGUAAUUCAGCAUUAUAGAGCUGGGCCUGUCCCCGGUUUCAAUGCAGUGAUUGCCACCAGUGUUCCUUUGGGGGGAGGUCUAUCCAGUUCUGCAUCUCUAGAGGUUGCUGUGUACACCUUCCUUCAGCAGCUAUGCCAAGAUGAUGGUGAUGAUGUUCAGAAAGCGCUUACAUGUCAAAAAGCUGAACAUACAUUUCCUGGAGUGCCCUGUGGGAUCAUGGACCAGUUUAUUUCAGUGAUGGGAAAAGAGGGACAUGCUCUCCUCAUUGACUGCAGGUCCCUGGAGGUCACCCCUCUUCCCCUUACUGAUCCUAAUCUGUGUGUGCUAAUCACUAACUCUAAUGUGCGUCAUGAGCUAACAGGCAGCGAGUACCCAACUCGCAGGAGACAGUGUGAAGAGGCUGCGAGGGCCCUUGGAAAGGAGACUUUGAGAGAUGCCAGCAUGGAAGACUUGGAGGCCAAAAAGGAAAAUUUGAGUGAGGUGUGUUGUAGACGAGCACGCCAUGUCAUUACUGAAAUCGAGCGCACGUCUAAAGCAGCACAAGUGUUGGAGAGGGGCGAUUACCGAUUGUUUGGUACAUUAAUGGUGGAGAGUCACAACUCAUUAAGGGACGAUUAUGAGGUUAGCUGUCCAGAACUGGAUGAACUGGUGUCACUAGCGAUAGAAGUUCCUGGUGUGUAUGGCAGCAGAAUGACUGGUGGGGGUUUUGGAGGCUGCACAGUAACUUUGCUGGAGACUUCAGUUGCAGAGAGAACCAAACAGCAAAUUCAGGAAAAAUUCAGAGGAUCGCCAACAUUUUACAUCACCAAACCAUCUGCUGGAUCUGGGACAUUACCACAUUAACUCUGGAUAGUACAUAUGACUUUCCAGCUGUGAAAUAAAGCACUUUGGUUUAUACCUUCA